CGUUUCGCCCCGGCCCGCGAAGAUUCCGGCCGCUCCGCGCGCCAUAUCUCACGUACGGUAUUGAUUGUGAGGAAACUACCUGUGAUCACGAUUGGGCGACCAGACUAGACACACGUCGAAGCUUGGAUUAUGACCUAUUCUACACCGUAAUUGGAAUUAUUUUCGGAUUUUAUUCUAUGGAAGGCAUCAGGUUACUAUAUUCUGACAAAUAGCUGGGAAGAAUCACGUUGGAUUCGUGGAAAACGGCUUGUAAAUCGCAACCAUGUCAAAAGUAAAUGUGGCGGUGCGUGUUCGGCCAUUCAAUCGUCGAGAGCUCGACUUGCAGACGAAAUGCUGCGUGGAUAUGGAGAACAACCAGACGGUCUUGCACCCGGUCACGGGUAAAUCAUCGGAUAGGAAAGGCAUAAGAACAUUUGCAUUCGAUCACUGUUUCUUCUCCAUGGAUGAAAAGAACAAGAAAUUUGCAAGUCAGCUGAAGGUGUUUGACUGCCUGGGUAGGGAUCUCUUAGACAAUGCAUUCGAAGGCUACAACGCAUGCAUUUUUGCAUAUGGACAAACAGGAUCAGGUAAAUCUUACACCAUGAUGGGUACAGACGACAAGAAGGGGAUAAUCCCUCGCCUCUGUGAUACCCUGUUUGAGAGGAUGGCUAAGGAUGCCAACGAAGACACACUCUCCUUCAAGGUGGAAGUCUCCUACAUGGAAAUCUACAAUGAGAAAGUCAGAGACUUGAUCGAUCCAAAAGGGAAUAAGCAGAGUCUGAAAGUGAGGGAACACAAGAUUUAUGGUCCAUAUGUGGAUGGCUUAUCAACCCUGGCUGUCUCUUCAUUCGAGAACAUAGAGGCUUUGAUGUCAGAAGGUAACAAGUCCAGAACCGUGGCAGCCACCAACAUGAACUCAGAAAGCAGUAGAUCACAUGCAGUCUUCAACAUCACCCUUACACAAACACUCACAGAUGUAGAAUCAGAUGUAUCUGGUGAAAAAGUGAGCAAAAUCAGCUUGGUUGACCUGGCAGGAAGUGAAAGGGUGCACAAGACAGGGUCAUCGGGUGAAAGGUUACGAGAAGGCAGUAAUAUCAAUAAAUCUUUAACAACGCUAGGCCUGGUCAUCUCUCAUCUAGCAGACCAAUCGUCGGGAAAGAAGAAGAACAACAAUUUUGUGCCUUACAGAGAUUCAGUACUAACAUGGCUCCUAAAGGAAUGCCUUGGAGGAAACAGUAAAACAGUCAUGGUUGCAACAGUGAGCCCUGCAGCUGAUAACUAUGAGGAAUCGUUAUCAACGUUACGAUAUGCAGACAGGGCAAAGAGAAUCGUCAACCAUGCUGUCAUCAAUGAAGACCCAAAUGCAAAGAUCAUCCGAGAACUCAGGGAAGAGGUGGAUAUGUUGAAGAAACAACUGAAAGAAGCAGAGAGUAUGAAAGCAGAUAGUCUGAAGGAUAGACUAGAGGAAUCAGAGAUGCUUAUGAAAGAGAUGUCUCUGAGUUGGGAAGAGAAACUUGUCAACACAGAAAGAAUACACAAAGAGAGGCAAGCAGCACUAGAACAGAUGGGUAUCUCGGUGCAGACAUCAGGGAUCAAAGUAGAGAGGAAUAAAUGUUUUCUGGUCAAUCUCAACGCUGACCCUUCACUCAAUGAACUGCUUGUCUACUACCUCAAGGAUCACAAUGUAGCUGGGAGGGCUGACGAGGAGACACAAACAGAUAUCCAGCUAAAUGGACUUGGCAUCAUGCCUAGACAUUGUACCAUUGAUGUAGAGAAUGACAUAGAUGUCUACAUCUCGCCAUGUGAAAAUGCAAAGGUAUAUGUCAAUGGAAGUGCUGUGACAAGCAAGACAUCGUUGAGGCAUGGAGACAGGAUACUUCUAGGCAACUAUCAUUUCUUCAGGAUAAACUGUCCAAGAGCUCCUGGAGUUGGAUCAAGUGGAACAACAACCCCUGAGCCUGUGGCCCAGCCAGUGACAGAAAGCUUUGACUUUGAUUAUGCACAGAAUGAAGUCAUGAUGCAAGAACUACACAAUGACCCUGUACAAGCUGCCAUGAAGCUCAUAGAAGUCCAGCACCAGAAGGACAAAGAUGGCGCCCUUUUCAAGCAGCGGGAGGCUUAUGAGCAGGAGCUGGCAGCACUGAAGCAACAGCUGAUUCCCAAGAACUCAUCAGGUCACCACCAACCCAACAGCAGACCGGAGGACAGGAGGAUAGAAGAUGAAGGAACCCAGAGCCAGAGUGGGGAUGGGUCGUCGUUAGGGAUAGGGUCGUCGCUAGGGGUGGAGCCUUACGAGGAGUGGAGCGAAGACAGGGAUGAUAUGUUCAGACAGAGUCUCGCCAAGCUGAGAGAAGACGUUGUCAAGGCAAACGCCCUGAUCAGAGAGGCCAACUUCCUGGGGGAGGAAAUGGGCAAACAGACAGAGUUCAGAGUCACACUACAGAUACCUGUCUGUAACCUUACUCCAAAUAGAAAGAGAGGCGCCAUAGUGAGUGAACCGGCCAUUCAGGUGAAGCGUAAGGACAGGGGGACGCAGAUCUGGUCUGUGGAGAAGCUAGAGAAUAAGAUCAUUGAUAUGCGUGACAUGUACAACGAUAGGAAAGACGAAGGAAUUCCUCUAAAGGAUGAAGAAUCUGAAUCACUUCGCAAGCUCUCCUUCUUUGAGUCACAGGACUCACUUGCGUCUCCAAUGUCUCUUCUACCAUUGUCAUUACCACUGUUCAAGGACCAGAAUUUGACCGUUCCUGUUCCAAGCAAUGCUCAGACCCCCUCUCCAGCAUCAGAGGAUGAGGAUCCAUUCUACGAAUCCCAAGAAAAUCACAGCCUCAUCGGGGUUGCUAACGUCUUCCUAGAAGUAUUAUUCCAUGAUGUAAAACUCAACUAUGGUGUACCAAUCAUCAGCCAGCAAGGAGAGGUUGCUGGGAAACUUAACAUAGAGAUCCAGAGGAUAAGCGGGUCUAUACCAGAUGUGAAUGCCGACCAGGAGUCCACCACCUCCAACGGUAGUUCAGGGGGGUCAGAAGAACCGGAAGAACCGGACCCUGAGGGUAGUCUAGCGGUAGGAGCACCUCUCACAUGCAGGUUAAAAAUCAAAGAAGCGUACGAUCUACCCCUGAGUCUAGCACAUUUUGUCUUCUGCCAGUAUACCUUUUUUGCUAAGGAUGGUCCUACUGUAGUCCCACCCUAUAUCAAUCCUGAUGUGGAUGAUGAGCCUGGAAGGGGACCAGAAGCUAUGAAGGGAGUCAUGAAGUUCAACCAUACCAAGGAAUUCACAGUGAACGUGACGGAGGAGUUCAUAGAGCACGCCCUCGAGGGGUCACUAGCCGUCGAGGUCUGGGGUCAUAGGGUUGGCAACCACGGCCUCGUUUCCAAACCUGGCUGGGAGAUCGACAGCCUGCAUUCCAAGUCCAGAUCGCUGGCCGAUCGAUGGACUGAACUGAUCAGGAAGAUAGAGCUCUGGGUUGAGAUACAUGAGUUGAAUGAGCAAGGGGAGUAUGUACCUGUUGAGUGUCAUACCAAGCCUGAGGUUCUUACUGGAGGCAUCUUCCAAAUCAGACAGGGUCACUCUCGUAGGAUACUGGUAAGGGUCAAACCUGUCCAGAACUCUGGGACGUUACCAAUCAUCUGUGAAGCCAUCACGUCUAUCUCUGUGGGUAGCAUCUGCGCUCGCUCCAAACUGCAGAAGGGUCUAGAUAGUUACCAAGACGACGACCUGACCCGUCUGAGGGAGAGAUGGUCGGAUGCACUGAUGAGGAGGAGAGAGUACCUGGAUGAACAGAUUCAUAAGAUCAUGCAUAAACCAGGGAGAACGCAGAAGGAUAAUGAAAGAGAAGCAAGCCUUAUCAACCAGUGGGUCUCACUCACAGAGGAGAGGAACGCCGUCUUGGUCCCCGCCCCUGAGAGUGGGGUACCGGCACCUGCCAACUGGGCCCCUCCCCCAGGCAUGGAGACACAUAAACCAGUACUAUUUCUUGAUAUUGAAACUGAUGAGAUGGGUACAUCAGGUUUAUUAGAAGGAAUCCAUGCGGCUGGUUUCAACUCCAUUCUACCGAAGGAACUAGGUACCAAGAUGGUCAAUCUACCCAUUAUCAAGUACUAUGAGAAAGAUGUGUGUGCCUGUGCGUCCUGGGAUUCUUCCCUCCACGACUCACCGUACCUCAACCGCAACACCAACCCAAACGAGCGCAUCUAUCUCAUCGUCAAGGCGGUGGUGCAACUCAGUCACCCGGCAACCAUGGAACUGGUCGUUAGAAAACGCAUCUGUGUCAACAUCUACAAGAAGCAGGGCUUUGCAACGGCAUUCAGGAGAAGGCUUGGCAAAGGGGACACUGUCCAUUCUUGCGGUGUGACGUACGAGAUUGUAUCAAACAUUCCAAAGGCAUCAGAAGAUCCUGAAGACCGGGAAUCCUUAGCAUUGAUGGCCGCAGCCGGGGCGGAAGAGAACGGCAGUACCGGGGACGGAGAGACCUACAUCGAGAAGUACACACGAGGCGUCUCGGCUGUAGAGAGUAUCCUAGCACUCGAUAGGUUACGACAGGAGGUCAUUAUCAAGGAGAAGUUGGCCAGUAGGGGGCGCAAUUUGAGGAAGACGUCCAGUGUACCAAACAUACCUCCAGUAUUCUACUAUUCAAAUAAAGAUGGCUCCAUUUCACGCAACCUUGAUAUGAGUCGAUCCAUGGACUGCCUCGACGAAGAUUUCAGGAUACUACGCUGGGAGAGUCUGCGUAACCUAGGGCCGCCCAGCUCCCCGACCCUUUCGGGAGGCGCUGUGAGUCCUGUGGUGUACCCGACCAAGCCCGCAUCCCGCCCCCGAACGCUCCAGGUGUCCUCCGACUCCAAAUCAGAAACCAGCGACUACUGCGGCUCCCCCGGUAGCAUGCAGUUCAGCUCCAGCCCAGGGGCGAGUCCAUCCCACCCCAACAUGAGCCACGCCCAUCCAGGGAUGACCUCCACGGCGCACCCCUUGAUGGGUGGAGUGCACCCCUCUGGGGGUCCCAUACUACCAUCCAUGAGCCCUUUGCUCCCGGUCAACCCGAGGAGGUCCAGUACGGGCAAGUCUGGGGGCAAGCAGCUUAGACCGGUCCGAGAGGAGGCGCGGGCGGCUAGGUCCGCACCCAAGGUGGAGGCAAAAACUCUUUACUAUGUUCAGAAGAGACAUCGUGCAAUAAGGAUGAGUGAAGAAAAGAUAAAUCGUCGCCGAUCUGAGUCGCCCCUAUCUUUCACCGAUGCCAAAUCCACCCCUCCAAAAAGUGAUGUCUUCCAUAGUGAAUUAGCUACAGCACUGAACCAGUCUGCAGGGUCUCAUGUUGGUAGGAAGAAUCCAUUUCUCAAUAGGGGAGAUGACCCAUCUUGUGAUGAAAGUGCUACGGAUGACCGCUUGGUCUAUCUCCCCUCCCAGCAAAUGGACCAUUCCAGGACUUUGCUGAGAACAAGCAGAAGCUGGGAAGGUCCACUAGUGGCCGUCGGGGAUGCAAUUGAGGAUGAAAAUGAAGGGGAGGUGCAAACUGAUUUCUCCUUCCAAACUCCACCCCACGUACCAGGAAUAGAUUCUUCCACUCCUGUACACUCAUCCAGUAGGAGUUGGGAGAUACCAUCUGAUCAAAAGGGGAAGAAGUUAUACGGAGGGGGUGACUGCGAUGACAUGUAUCUCACAUUCGGAACCUGCAGUCUAGAGGAACCCAUUUAUGCAAAUGAAGUCUGUUAUUUAGAAGAGGACCAACCAAUUUUCAUCAAGCCAAAAUGGGUCUGUCAAGAACAGGAAUUUUGAUGAUGACAUUGGAACCAAAAAUAAUCUUUUGAAAAACACAUCAGUGUUCCAUACAUUGUGUUUGAUGUAAUUGCAGUUUACUAUCUUCAUAUUGCCAAAGGGAUUUAUGUUAAUCGUCUAGUCAAUUCGCUUGACUGUCAUGCUAGUGUACACUCCUUGUUUUGCAUAUAUGUCCGUUCAAAUUGCAUUACAAGUAUUUUUUGAUUAGAUCCAGACUCUAAAAAGAUUUUUUAUGGUUGUAGACUAUCUAAUGAUAGGCAUAAACCUAUUUGAUAUGUUUAUAACUAUCUCCUGCCACUAGAUUUACUCUCAGACAAAGAGUAUUCAAAAUUGUCAUAAACUUCAUAACAUUAGAUAUCACUAUAAAAAUAUCUGCAGAUUUCACAAUGUUUUGCAUGUGAUCAUGAUGUAUUAAAACAGAUAAUUUUCAAUUUCU